AUGGACAAAGUUCCAGCCGAAUUGAUCGACCACAUCAGCAGUUUUCUCGCGAACGACGACCUCAAGAACACCCUGCUAGUUUCCAAAGCUUUUGGCUUUGCUGCGGAGAAACACUCUCACGCCUUCAACGAAUUUUCGCUUCACGAAGGGAAUGUCGACAAAUUCUUGAGCACUUAUUCUGGCCACCGCUUUUCAUAUCUGCGCGUGGUUGAACUAUGGACAGAGCUUCCACGCGUCGAGGACGACGACAUGAUAUGUCGUGAGAGUAUGGAACGAUUGCGGAAGAACGACCAGAUUAUGACUCGGCAAAUCAACCUCUUCUUCGAAACCAUCCAAGUGGUUGAACAGCGUGCCGGAAAACGAGGCUAUUCGGCCAAAAUACUGCUCAACCUAGCCGACCCAGGUCGAGAUGUAUCGAAUGUAUUUUCUUCGAUCGAAUAUCCUCGGCACAUGAGCUGGCGCGUGCAUCUGCUUGACCCAGCUAGUCUUCCCUCGCUUCAAUGUGUGCGACAUCUGCAGAUAGGAGUGGGGUCGCGGUACCCAUUCGAAGACACGCCGGAGGGAUAUACUGGUGAUCUCGUAAAGAUGGACUACCGUAUCAUAGUAGACAUCGCUAUGAAAUGUCCAAAUCUCCAAUACCUGGGCUGUGAACUUGGACAUGAUGAGUGGCAGCGGAAAUGGAUGACCAAAGGCGAAAGGUAUCUCUCCCGUGACUGGGCUGGUCCUCGUAGGGACACAAGGAAAGACUUCGCGCAAGCCCUAGAGUCGGCAAAUCUACCAAAGUCACUUCGGCAUAUCAACCUCAACUUUCUUCAUCCAAUUGAUGAUGUCACAAGAAUCGACCACAACGAUGCGCAUCCGAACAUGGUAUCCCCGGCGACCAGCGAUCCAUUCAGCACCAGCCUUCAUCAUUUCUCUCAGAACCUUCGGAGAAUCAACCUUUGCGUUAUCGCAGACGAGUCAUUGUUUUGGCCUGAAUCUGGUCGCGUGACCUCUUGGCCCAAUCUAGAGAGCUUUGUUGUCAUGUUUCACAUGGUCAGCCCUUCCGGGAAAUGGUAUUUCCACGGCCCAAACGGCGAAGGUCGUACCGCAGUCGGAUUCGAAAUCAACGAAGACUCUUACCCGUCCCUGCAAGCGAGCGAUUUAGACGUGCGUAUGUGGGAGGAAGUUGAAAGAGACGGACAUCUACAGAACGACCAACUCACUGAUCGAUUUCGUAUCAUUCCCAAUGACAUUAUCUUGCGACCAUUCCUAAAAGGAUUCGCUUGCGCAGCGGCACAGAUGUUAUCUCUCAAAGAAGCAGUACUUUGGUGCCCUCUCAGCUGGGAACGGUGGGAUGACUGGACCUUUGACGGUGAUGAGGGGGAAGGUGAGGAAAGAAAUUGGCUUGGAUCAAGAUUUGAACAAGAGCUGGCUUGGGGCAUCCAGUACCUGCGUGCUGGGGAGAAGGAGUUCAAACACCGUCGUAAGCUAUCGCUGGAGACUCCGCAUCUCUGGUGGAAGGUCUCCAAGUGGCGCCCCGAUCCUGAGCUGCAUGAUCUAUUCCACAAAAUCGGAUGCCAGUCCCAGCGAGGUGACUUGGUAGAGCAUUGGGUUGAUGAAACUUCUGGACAGAAGCUUGUGGGUCGGAAUCAAUUCGAGGGGUUCAUGGUCCGAGAAUUAAUGUACCGUUGA